GUGGUGAAUAUCAACUUAAAACAAUGUGUAACCAAUCUGUUUGAUAGUGUGAUUUGAUUCGAUUUUGUGUUUGUGAAUGACAGUUUGUGCUGUGUGCGGAGUUAUUACAAAAUGAAGAUUGAGAGUGUCCAAAGCGAAUUGGACCACCAAACAAAUGUUGCUGGCGAAUGGGUCGGUGGUUGUGUAAACACUGAAGAAACGGAUCAAGGAAUGUCAGAAAUUAUCGUGAAAGUCGAAGUAGAUGGACCGUCCAGUCCAGAGGCAAGCACUGUCUCUUGUCCAGAGGAAGACCUGUUUUUAUUCGCGCCUGUUUCGGACUUCGAAGACGACGGAGAUGGCCAGAACUGGGAUUCUGACUCCUCUGGUGUUCCUCCAGACAAACAACACACCAGGCUCUGUCUCCUUGACGCUGGAAGAACCAUCAAAUCAGAAAAACGUUCUGAGGAGAAGAGUACUGUUCCCAAGCCUGAACGGAAAUCAAGACGAAAGAAGAAGGAGACGACGAAAAAAGAGGCACCAUGUUCAAAUAGCCAGCCAAAGGUUCAAAAGACAAAGAAGACGACACUUAAGAAGACAACAAAUGUCCAACCACAGGCGGAAAGUAAACUGUCGGUUGCAACAGCAGGCCUGGUCUCUGCUCCUUACACCAUCACCAAAACUGCCAUCAGCCCACAAGUAGCAAUGGAGCCACCCAGUUUCCCUUCUCCACAACUUAAGACAGAGGGCUCACGCAUGGAUGAGAAAAAUGGUGUUCUGCUCCAAGUAUUGCAAUAUUGUCAGUCAUUAUCUACAGCUGUGCAACGACUUGAGCAGAAGAUCGACAGCCUUCAAGCAGACUACACCAGGCUCUAUCAGCACAUCCACAGGGACGGCCCUAAAGAGCAACACCAGGCUCUCUGGGAGAAAGAACAGCCACCUAUGCAAUGGGGACAGAUGGGAACAAGCACCUAUGCCACAUAUACCCUGAACCCACCACUGUCCUUCCCACAGGCCAGCAUCCCAGGCAACCUAAAUGCACACAGACCCGGCCCAAACAACACCCUUCAUGCACUCCAGCCAAAUGCCAACAGUGGCGAAGCUGAGAAGACCAAGGGAACCAAGACCACGGGGAGAGGGAAAGGAAGAACGGUGAAAACGGAAGAAGGAACAAGUAAAGGAGCGAAAGCAGGUGGUCAGAGUAACAGAAGUAGAAAAGGUGGUGCACAGAAAGGCCCAGCACGCAAGAGGACAGCCAAUGGAAAGGCGAGCCAAUCGAAACGUGAUGCAGAUCUCAGUCAUGACGACGAGAGCCCGUGUGCCAGCAAAGUGGCCAAGAUCCUGUCAGAGCUCCAGGAGAGGCGCACAACGUCAGUACGCAGCCCGGUGGAGGAGAGCAGAGAGGCCAGCAAAGACACCAGUGCCACCAGUAGCCAAGAUAAGCAAGUGAUGAUUGGCAGUGCGUUCCGGAAGGUGUGGAUCCCGUACUCUGUGUACAUGGAGGCCUUUAAGCAGGAGGAGCCCCAGAAGGCCAUGGUGCCCGUGCUGCACGCCGUCUUCCCACACAGCGUCCUCACCUCCAGCGCCGUCAUCGGAGACCCCCACCGGGGCAUCCAGCAGCUCAGCCCCAACAAGCUGGAGGCCAUCAGAGAAUGGCUGGCGGAGAUGUACCCGAGGCAUGAGAUGGAGGUGAAGGGAAAAUCGUGGGCCGACUGUCUGGGUGUGCUGAACACUAUCACUAGGAAGCUGAAGAUGGAAACCACAUCAGCUACCACCAAUGCCAUCGCAAAUACAUUAUACAUAGAGAAGACGCCAGGUUAAAGUUUCCCCACUCUGAAAAAAAGUGAACUAUUUUGUUAGACUGUGAUAACGGUGUUCUUUGAUCUGAAGAGCUACAGAACUUUUUUGUUUUGUUUUAAACAUACAUUGUUCUAUUUUGAAUGCUGCUAAAAUGUAUGUUAUGUUAAUUUGCACAUGCCACAACUUCGAGAGAUUAAAGGCCUUUUGGGCACCUUUUUGGUUUA